UCACAGUUUUCUAAGCUCUCUGUUUUAUAUAAAUAUAUUUGUCAUUAAGACUUAUAGAGUAAGUUAGUAAAGUGGCUUUUGUUUGUCUGACGAACUAUUACGUUUUUAUUUCACAUACUUUUUUUGUACUAAUGCCUUUUAAUCAAAAUCAUAACACUAACUGCACAAGUUUUGGAAUGAAAAGGUUUUGGGUGUUUUACUCGUGUGUUUGGUUAUGUUUUCUUAGUCCGGGUGAAUGACAGCUUCAGUCUCCGUUCAUGUUCACUGGAUGAAAGACGUGCAAUGAUAGUUACUGGUGCGGCUGUCAUUCUGACAAACACUUUUUAUUGUUCCAGUGAAGAUCAAGUUCAAAUCGAAUGACGACAGAUUAAUAGUUUUAACUGUCAAAAUCAAUAAUUGCGAACGUCAUUUGUCUACACUUCGCCCACGUUUGUGCUCUAACUAUAACAAAACAAUAAAUUAAGUUGUUGUUUUCUUCUUCUCCUGUUUCUCGUUUCCGAACUGAUGACGAGAUGAAAAUGGCGGAUCUUUCGAAAUCCAGCCCGGCCUGAAAUAGACCCUCAGCUCGUGUUAAACUCUCUCUAUCAGGACUCAAACCGAGAGGAAAACACCCCAGUCUACAGUAACUUUCGUGCUGUCAUCCGUGUCUUGUAAAUAUCGAUAUUUCCAUGACAACGGAAUAGACAGGAAAGCAGGCGCGUCGAAUAUCAACAAACUCCAGCUGACGCGAAACUGACUGUCUCUCAUUGAAGUCACUGUUAAGUGUGUUUUGAGUAUCUUUGUGCACAAUGGAUGUGGUGUCACCUGAGCUCAACAGCCUCCUGCCUGACGAAAUCAUGGACACGGAAGCUAUCGCAAUGGAAGAGGACCUUCCUGCCGAGCACCUCGCUCCUCCUCCUCCUAAAUCUGAACCAGAGCCAGCGCAGGUUCCUAUGGAAACAGAGGUGCCUGAAAUCGUCAGCCUGUGUCCAGCCACCACGUCUGUGCAGAUGACCUCCACCUCCACUAAUGCUCAGUGUAGCACCAGCACGGGAACUCAACUCCUCCUCGCCUCGUCCGGACUCAUGGCGGUCGCCACCACAACCUCUGCCAAAACCACCAGUCCUGCAUUGACUCAAAGCCUCCCCAAAAUCUCCAGCGUUACUGUCCCAGCCAACCACCAGCUCAUCAUCAAUAAAGUGGCCAGCUCCCCCGCUGCGGAUGGCAAGCCUCCAGGCGCUGCUGUGCUCAAGCAAGAGGGGCAGAAACUCCUGGUUGCUGGUCUCAGUAAAACAGGGCAGCCUAUUAUGUUGGCUCUGCCUCACACUUGGAACAAGCCCGCCACUACCCAGGGCACAGGGGAUGGCAAGGCCCAGCCGACGCAGAUCAAGAUGGUGACGGCCGUAGGGAAGCCUGUGAUCGCUGUGAGCUCAGCCAGUCAGCUGAUGGGCUCCUCCACCACACUGCAGGCCCAGCAGCUGAAGACCCUUCAGAUCACAAAGAAACCACCAGUGUCUACGGCUGGACCAAUGAUAACAAAGCUCAUCAUUACAAAGGCCCUGAACAGUAAAGCACUGACCAGCCCAGCUUCAGUGUCUCCUGUAGUGACUGGGCGAGUUCUUACCCAGAGUACCCCAGUGACACCUCCACGCACCAUCUCCAUUGGCGAGGCCAUCAGCACUGUGACACAGAAUACAUCUGGUAACAGCAAAGUCGCCAUCUCGCCUCUCAAGUCUCCCAGCAAGGUCUUGAAUCUUUCAAAUUUGACUGUGGUUUCGGUGGCCAGUCAGUCUCCAAACUCACCCCAGAAGUCUGUGACCCUGCCGCUCAAUGUGGCUCUAGGCCAGCAAAUCCUCACGGUUCAACAGUCUGCCACCACUAGUCCAGCUAAAGCAGGAACCAGCCAGUCCACCGCACGGGCUGCAAAGCCGAUGCAGACGGUUACAGUGGGAGGGAUGGGAACAUCCCAGUUCAAGACCAUUAUCCCCCUCUCCACACCUCCUAACGUUCAGCAGAUCCAGGUGCCGGGCAGUCGCUUUCAUUACGUGCGGCUGGUAACGGCCACCACCGGCGGCGGCACGGCACAGACAGGCGCCAGCAUCAACACCAAUCCCUCCAUCCAACCAGCCAAGUCUGUGAUGAUGAACACUGCGGUACGGAUGUCUGUACCCAUCGUCUCGGCACAGACCGUCAAACAGGUUGUACCCAAACCCUUGACGUCAGCAGCUCAGGUGGUGACAACCAGUCAGACCCCCCAGCGUCUCAUCAUGCCAGCCACUCAUCUGCCACAGAUCCAGCCCAACCUCACCAACCUGCCGCCAGGCACUGUGCUCGCGCCCGCCCACGGCUCUGGAAACAUGGGCUACGCUGUGUUGCCGGCCCCAUACGUUGCGCAGAUCCCCCAGCCUGCGUUUGUGACUUUGACCAGCAGCUCCACCUUCUCAACAGCCACUCCCAUACAGACUCAAGCCAGGCUUUCACUCAACGGUUUAUCAACGUCAGAAGCAACCUCAAGGCCGAGGAAACCCUGCAACUGCACACGGUCACAGUGUCUGAAAUUGUAUUGUGAUUGCUUUGCCAAUGGUGAGUUCUGCAAUAACUGUAACUGUGUGAACUGCUUCAACAACCUUGAUCAUGAGAGUGAAAGACUGAAGGCCAUCAAGGCGUGUUUAGACAGAAACCCUGUGGCUUUCAAACCCAAGAUCGGUAAAGGCAAACAAGGAGAGUCGGACAGGAGACACAGCAAAGGCUGCAAUUGUAAGAAAUCUGGCUGUCUGAAAAACUACUGCGAGUGUUAUGAGGCAAAGAUCAUGUGUUCGUCCAUCUGCAAAUGUAUGGGCUGCAAGAACUUUGAGGAGAGUCCUGAGAGGAAGACGCUGAUGCACUUGGCCGACGCUGCAGAGGUGCGGGUCCAGCAGCAAACGGCAGCCAAAACCAAACUGUCCUCACAGAUCUCAGAUCUGCUCACCAGAACCACACCAGCCCUCACCAGUGGAGGCGGGAAGUUGCCGUACACAUUCGUAACAAAGGACGUGGCGGAGGCGACGUGUGACUGUUUGCUGGAGCAAGCGGAGCAGGCGGAGCUGGCCAACCAGCCUCAGGCCGUGGCAGAGCGCCUCAUCCUGGAGGAGUUCGGGCGCUGCCUCAGGAGAAUCAUCAGUUUUGCUGGCAAAGCCAAGACGGACUGUCCCAUCAACUGCUAGACCUGAGCCUGGCAAAGCCAUGACAGAACCCUUCAACCCGCCCGCUUGGGUCCCACAGCCCGGUGCGCUGCCCAACCCAGAGUGGCGGUCCACAGAGGGCACUUCUGCCCGCCCCUCAUAUGGACUCACGGGGCUUCCAAUGAAGAGAGACCAAGCAGAACUUCCCAUUGGCCUCUGACACAGCAGAUGUAAUGUGUGUCCGUCGAGCCGGAGGGCACACUAUAUUCAGUAGGAGGACUACAGUACUCGAGUGUAGCCCCUGCAAGAGGACUUGCACUGUUUGCUUUCCUGGAAGGGGAUUUAUUUUAGAACAAUCGAUACAAUUUUAAGGUAGUUUUGUUUUUGUUUGGCAACAUUUUCCACUUUUAAAUGUGUAAUCAUGCUAUUUGUUUGUCUUUUAAAACUGGAUUUUCAUAUUACCAUUCAGAGUCGUCAGAACGCCCUUUUUUUUUCUUACUGCUAAUAACCUCGGUAUACGUCCGGAUGCGGAAGGAACUUCCCUGCACAUGUCAUUAGCCGUCUGAUCAUGACUUGUAUACAGUAAGUAGCCUGUACUGUAGCUUCAAUAUAUUUAUUUGCUUGCAGCAGAUUUUUGUUCCUUGAGCAGAAUCGGGUUCCUUCUUCCUCGUUCCAAGAAUACGCACCGUACUCCAUCCCGGACCGGACAAGCCUGAAGCAGAGCAUGAAGCGGUACAGAGAUCCUGUAUCCUGAAAGUGCUUUUCAGCCAUUAUAUAUUGGAUAAGAUUAGAUUGAAAUCUUUACUAAUGAGAAAAACGAUCCGCUAAAUAAUAAUCAGUCUUAAAGAUUGUUUGAAUAUGCUUCUUCAUCUCAGUUUACAGGUAUAUUAAGAACCUCCUGAAUGAUUGUGGGAAUUGUUUUCUCUAGGUUUGUUUUUGUUUAUUUUUUUGGCAUUUGCUAGUUAAUGAGCUUUGUCAGGGUUUAAUUAAACCAGACCUUUGCAUACAUGAAGUCGACACAUGGAGUCGCUGAAAUGCUUUAUGAAGAACAUGUCCAGUCUAUUUUAUUACAUCCCAAAAUGAAAUGAAUAUUUCGUUAUUGAAGGAACCCCCCCCCCCCCCCCAUUAUCAUUAUGCAUAAAAUGAGAAUUAUUAUUUACUCAUUAGUGUAAUUAUCUACAGUUACAGUUUGUUUGUUUUUUGUAAUGUUAAUUAAAAUGAGUUUUUUGUUUGCAAACAAUUUUUAUAAACAAUUUAAGAUAAUUGUGUAUGCUAAAAAGAAACUCUUGUUCUCAUUAAUGUACAAUUGCUUAGCAGUAAUGAUUGUAAUUAUUUAGCAGUGAUGAAAAUAUCUAAAAUAACCAUUACAAGUAGUGAUGUUCAUUGUUAUGAUGUACAGAUUUCUUUUUCAUUUUAGUAACAAAAUUAAUUUAAUAGUAAUGAGAAUCAAUGAAAUUUUCUUUGCUUGUAUA